CAAAUUCGAGCUAGCGGGACCAUUGAAUUGUCGCCUUUUGCAAGAAACGUCAAGCCUAUGUAAAAUUUCAAAACUGUACAUUUGUUGAGUAACUUACAUGUUUUUCUUGUUAACCGAACCGUCUUUUACCUUCUAAAUUCGCGGUAAAAAUAGAAUGCUAUUUGAGAUGCAGCCGCCCUUCACCACCUUCAUGAGUGUCGAAAGCACCCGGGCGUACAUCGACAACCUGUACUCCUCGGACCCCGAGAAAUGCCUAACCUCUAUAGUAUGCAUCAAAAACUCCGUUAUUGGCUCGAACCGCCAGAAAGAAAGCGUAAUAGCGCAGGGCAUUGUGCCGCGCCUUUUGCAGCUCCUCCAAGACAGGAACACAAAAUCCAUGCUGCGAAUAGAGGCGGCGAUCACUGUCGGCUCCCUGGCCAAAGGAACAAAUGAGCAUGUGGAGAUCCUAAUCAACUCCGGAACUAUCCAAUUACUACUAAACACGCUUGAGGAAAACGAGCCCCAAUUAAUUGACGCAUGCUUGAGCUGCUUACGCACGCUGUCCCAGUCAGAUUCACCUCAGAAUAAAAUCGACGUGAAGAGGCUGCACAAACUGCUCACCUUCGCCGGACCUGGGGAGAGCUUGCGAAGGCAGGCCUGUGUGGCCAGUAUUAUGGGCUCGGCGUGCAAGACACCGGUAGAGCAAAACGAGCUGUGCGCCAUGGGGGCACCAAACCUACUCGCCGCGCUUCUGUCAGUGCAAAACAGCUCGGUCAGAAUACCAGUUCUCGCGUGCUUAGCUUCCAUGUGUUGGAACAACCAGAACGUGGCAAAUAUGGUGGCCAACACAACAUACAAGGACGUGAAGGUUUCUAGUAUUUUAGCUACGUUGAUCGGAAGAGAUAGACCUAUUGAGAUGCAGCUAGAGGCUGCCAGGUGUCUCACUAAUUUGCACCGGGCUGGAGCCAUCUCGUCUAACGACCCCAUUAUCACGUAUAGGACUUUGCCCUGUUUGGUCCGGCUGUGUCAGACUGAACACUCGGAAGGAAACAGAGCUUCAGCUGCCAACACUCUGGCUUAUUUGACCGAAGUAGACAGCGAUUUGCAGCAGGUUGCUGCAAUUAGUAAUCAAUUAGUGAGCGCUUUAGUGAAUUUACUGAGCUGCCGUAGCGUUGCUGCAAGGCAGGCAGCCUUCAGAGCUUUUGCUUCCUUAGCUGCAAACGACGAAGACAUAAGAAAACGCAUUAUCGACACCAAAUGCUUAAUGGACAGUGUUUUAGAAGGUUUAGAUGACGAAAACGAGGACAUUAGGUUGGCGGCAGUGCGGUGUCUUCACUCUUUGAGUAGGUCAGUUCAGCAGCUGCGUACUACGUUUCAGGAUCAUUCGGUGUGGCGCCCUCUGAUGGCCCUACUGACAGGUUGCCCCUCCACCGAAUUGCUCACGGCCGCAUCUUCAGCUCUGUGCAACCUCCUCCUUGAAUUCUCCCCCGCCAAAGAACCCAUGCUCCAGCAGGGCGUGGUGCAGCUUCUGGCCACUCUCACGAUCCGCCCGGAGCCGUCCCUCCGCCUCAACGGCGUCUGGGCCCUCAUGAACCUUGCCUUCCAAGCCGAACAACGAGUCAAAUCCCAAAUCCUCACAGCCCUAGGAACCGAUCAGAUUUUUCGGUUGUUGGCGGACUCGGACACGCGCGUCCUCAUGAAAACUCUAGGCCUACUCAGAAACUUGGUGUCUCCGAGGACGCACACGGACACUAUGAUGUCUUUGCAUGGCCCCCAGGUUAUGCAAGGUGUGGUACUCGUACUGGAGGGCCCGCAUUCUCCCGAAGUCAAGGAGCAGGCGCUGUGCAUUCUAGGCAACAUCGCCGAUGGAGAGAAGGCCAGGGAGCACAUCAUGUCGAACGAGGACGUACUUAAGAAGCUGAUUGAUUACAUGACCCACCCGGCGCCGUGCCUGCAGGAGGCUUCAGUGUUCUGCAUCAAUAAUUUAUCAAGGCUGGGGGAACCCGGGUCGCUGGAACGGCAGACUAGGUUGAAGGAAAUGGGAGUGGUGAAUAUUCUGCAACAGCUGUUGAGCACUUCGGACACGGUGCUGUACAAUCGAGUUAAAACUGCUCUCACGCAAUUUACAGAUGUAUGAAGUAUGUUUUCUGUUUUAAGGAUUCAUGACCCCCCUGUCUGAUAUUAAUGUGAUGUGUAGACUGAAAGUGUAUAUUUUGUUUUGCAUUGUUUUAAUUUUAGGCAACAAAUUGACGCCCGAACAUAGUACCUAUCCUGUGUUAUACUUAUUUAAAAGCACAUUAAAAGUUAAUCAAUGUUA